AGGUCACGUGGCAGCACAUGCGGUCCGUCAGCCUCCCCGAAGAGCAACGACCAGCAACCACGGUGUUCGCCUCAACUCCCAUCAACAACCGAAGCCUUCGCAUCACCGCAACUGUUGACUACGCGGCACUCACCUUCUUUCAAAAUGGCCACAGAACUUUGUCCUGUCUAUGCGCCCUUCUUCGGUGCCCUGGGUUGUACCUCGGCCAUCGUCUUCACUUGCUUCGGUGCCGCCUAUGGAACCGCUAAGGCCGGUGUCGGUGUUUGUGGAAUGGCCGUCCUCAGGCCCGAUCUGAUCGUUAAGAAUAUCGUUCCCAUUGUCAUGGCGGGUAUCAUUGGUAUCUACGGACUGGUUGUGUCCGUCCUGAUCGCGAACGACUUGGCACAGACAGUCCCUCUAUACACUGGAUUCAUUCAGCUGGGAGCAGGCCUCGCAGUCGGUCUGGCUGGUUUGGCAGCCGGUUUUGCCAUCGGUAUUGUCGGUGACGCUGGUGUCCGCGGAACAGCCCAGCAACCCAGGCUCUACGUCGGCAUGAUUCUUAUCCUCAUUUUCGCUGAAGUUUUGGGUCUUUACGGUCUCAUCGUUGCCCUUCUCAUGAACUCUCGGGCCAAGAUCGAUGCCAAGUGCUAAGUCAUCUUUGACAUCCGUUGUGCGAUAUCUCUUUAAUAAUCCUCUUUGCGCAACGGAGUACAUUGGUUUAGGUUGGUCAACGUGACGUGGUAAACGCCUUGCUCCCCUGAACAAGAACGUUCUCAUAUUGUCACGAGAGCCAAGAUAAACGGCGAUCGAGUUAGGGAAGGAA